UGUUGCUGUAACUCUCCUGUGUAGAAAUGUCUGGACGAGGAAAGCAGGGGGGAAAAGCACGCGCUAAGGCUAAAUCUCGCUCUUCUAGAGCAGGCUUGCAGUUUCCUGUAGGUCGAAUUCACCGUUUACUCCGUAAAGGAAACUAUGCGGAGCGGAUAGGAGCAGGCGCGCCAGUGUACUUGGCAGCAGUGUUAGAAUAUCUGACAGCAGAAAUUCUUGAACUGGCUGGUAAUGCGUCUCGCGAUAACAAGAAAACUCGCAUUAUUCCCCGUCACCUGCAGCUAGCUAUUCGCAAUGACGAGGAACUCAAUAAGCUCUUAGGUGGUGUGACCAUUGCACAAGGCGGGGUCCUGCCCAACAUUCAAGCAGUGCUGCUACCCAAGAAGACUGAGAGUCACCAUCAUAAAGCCCAAAGCAAGUAACUUCGGGCUGUCGUUGGUACAUAGUGACUUUUAAGUGUCAGAA